AUGGUUGAAGAGCCAACGACUGAAGAGUCUUCAUUGCCCCAAGAACGUUUGCCAAGCGAAGCUCCAUCAACGGACAAUCUCAAUGCCCCGAGAGGCUCUAUCCCAAGGUCUACCAAGGCACACAAGGUCAAGAGAUCGCCGCGCGAGUUUAAAUUUGGCGCGGCCUUUAUUGACGACCUUCUGAAGAACUUCCAGCAUUUGAAGGAAGAAGAGCGAUGGGAGAAGGUUAUCCCACUUUAUGCGAAACCGUUUAGGGUUCUGCGCAAUGUGUCAGGAUUGCAAGGCAUACAUCGCCCCUUCAGGGUGCAGAAAGAGCUGGGAGACUGCUCAGGUCCUCCCAGCUCUCCAAAGCAGUCAAAUUUAUGA